GAUACAGAGAGAGAACAUACUAAGCGCUUGCUCCAGAGAUUUGACGAUUUCACACUAUUAUUUAUUGCUUAUUGUUUAACUUGAUUGAUUGUCUUAUAUAUUUAACCAAUUGCUUCAUUUUUAAUAGUUUAUUUGUAAAUCUUGACUGAGUUAAUCUUAACAAUAACCGUUUUUUAGAGGUAAGUAAAAUCAGCCAACUUGUAGCAGUUAGCCUGGUUUAGAAUUGAAGUUUAGGUUACCAUGGAGAUCUACAGUGGCCACGCCCGCGGUGUCGGUGAGGUGAAGGGAAGAGAGAUGAGCUGGGCCGAGCAAGUGGACCUCGCUUACCCCCUGGAGGAGUGCUGGAGUGAGAGCUGCCUGACUGACCCACAUCUGUGUAUGGAGGACCACUACAGGCCUGAGGUGCGGUCAGGAGAGGAGAAGCUGGCCUUGGAUAGCGGGUACCUGACCCUGGCCAAUGGGGACCCCUUCGCCCUGAUGAAGGUGAACACUGUUGCAUCGGGGAGGUUCAGGAAGGCAGAGAGUGUCGUCAGCCUGGCCCAGACUCGGGCCAGCCUCACGUACCCCCUGGAGGAGUUGAAUGUGAACACCGUUGCAUCAGGGAGGUUCAGGAAGGCAGAGAGUGUCGUCAGCCUGGCCCAGACUCGGGCCAGCCUCACAUACCCCCUGGAGGAGUGCUGGAGUGAGAGCUGCCUGACUGACCCACAUCAUCUCUGUAUGGAGGACCACCACAGGCCUGAGGUGCGGUCAGGAGGGUACAAGCUGGACCUGGAUAGCUGGUACCUCUCCCUGGCCUACGGGGACCCCUUUGCCUUGAUGAAGGUGAACACCGCUGCACCGGAGGGGUUCAGAGCCUGAGAACAUGACCGCAUCACAUCCCCCGCACACAACACUUGCCUUACCCCACACUGCAGUCCUUGACCUGAGACCACCUGGUCAAGGGUACUGCUACGUCCACUCAUCCGAGAUUUCCUGAGAUAGGAAGGGCGUGGAGGGGAUGGAAAGAUGGGAGAGGGACAGGAGACCCUGGGAAUACUUAGCAGACCUUGGGGCUCUUAGUACACUCACACAUGUAGCCAAAACUUACUUACACCUACUUAUUUGAAAUAGCCUAUACUAAAAUAGAGUUUCAAAGUAUACUAAGCCCAUUGUAGCUUAGCGUCCAAAUAUGCUUCAAUAACAUUUAUUGUAAUGGCGAUGUAUAAGAAUAAGGAUAGCCCUAUAUUUACAAAAUCAAAAGUUACUGUACUAAAAUGUAUUUAGUCAAUUCCCCUAAAUGACGCCAAAUAAGUUGGAAAAUCAGAAACGUGUCUUUAAACUAUUAUUAAGGGUCAUUAGUUCCUUUAUUAUGUUUAUGUUUAUGAUUAUUUAGCAGACACCAUUUUUAUUCAUAUUUAUUCA